AUGCCCCAGCACGCGAUGGGGGACAAACCCUUCGUCUCCAUGCCGCAGCUGUUCUUCCCCGGCGCCCCCUCGGCCCAGGACGACGGGUGUGGCCACACCCCCCCCAGCAGGCGGGCGUCCCUGGGCUCACCCCGGAGCCUGGCCACCCUGCACCCCGCCUCCCACGGCCCCCUGGAUGCCAGCAGCCAGCCGCUGUGCGAGGCGAAGGCCCGGAAGCACGGCGCCCGGGGGGCCCAGGCGCGGCAGUUCUCGCCAGCGGGGCCGCGGAGCUCGGAGUGCGGCUGGCGGGCCUUUGCCCCCGAGUGCCUGCAGGCCUUCAACACGCCGCGGGGCUUCCUGGUGUUCCUGUGCGCGGCCUCCUUCCUGCAGGGCAUGACCGUCAACGGCUUCAUCAACACCGUCAUCACCUCCAUCGAGCGGCGCUUCGACCUGCGCAGCUCCCAAAGCGGCCUCAUCGCCAGCGCCUACGACCUGGCCGCCUGCCUCUGCCUCGCCUUCGUCAGCUACUUCGGGGGCACCGGACACAAGCCCCGCUGGCUGGGCUGGGGCGUGCUGGUCAUGGGGGCCGGCUCGCUGGUGUUCGCGCUGCCCCACUUCACCACGGGCCCCUACGAGGUGCAGGUGGACGAGGGCCUGGGGACGUGCCGGGCCAACCGCAGCCUGGCGUGCGGGGACAGCGCCUCGAGCCUGUCCGGCUACCAGCUGGUCUUCAUGCUGGGCCAGUUCCUGCACGGUGUGGGCGCCACGCCGCUGUACACGCUGGGGGUCACCUACCUGGACGAGAACGUCAAGUCCAGCUACUCGCCUGUCUACAUUGGCAUCUUCUACACGGCGGCCAUCCUGGGCCCCGCAGCCGGCUACCUGAUCGGAGGCGCCCUGCUGAACAUUUACACGGAGAUCGGCCAACGGACCCAGCUGACCACCGAGAGCCCGCUGUGGGUCGGCGCCUGGUGGGUGGGCUUCCUGGGCACGGGGGCCGCUGCCUUCCUCAUCGCGGUCCCCAUCCUCGGCUACCCGCGGCAGCUGCCAGGCUCCCAGCGCUACGUGGCCAUGAGGGCCUCUGAGACGCACCAGCUGAAGGACAGUCGCUGCGCAGCGCCCAGCAGCCCCAGCUUCGGGAGAACCAUCAGAGACCUGCCUCUCUCCAUCUGGCUGCUCCUGAAGAACCCCGUGUUCGCCCUGCUCUGCCUGGCCGGGGCCACCGAGGCCACGCUCAUCACGGGCAUGUCUACGUUCGGCCCCAAGUUCCUCGAGUCUCAGUUCAGCCUGAGCGCUUCCGAAGCUGCCACCUUGUUUGGGUACCUGGUGGUGCCCGCCGGCGGGGGCGGCACGUUCCUGGGCGGCUUCUUCAUGAACAAGCUGAAGCUCCGCGGCUCGAGCAUCAUCAAGUUCUGCCUGAUCUGCUCCCUGGCCAGCUUGCUGGCCACCUUGGUCUUCUUCACGCACUGCCCCAGCGUGCCCAUGGCGGGAGUGACCGCCCACUACAACGGCAGCGCCCUGCCCGCCGGCCGCCGGGAGCUGCUCUCCGCCUGCAACGCGGCGUGCAGCUGCGGGCCGGAGCAGUACGCCCCGGUGUGCGGCUCCGACGGCCUCGUGUACUUCUCGCCGUGCCACGCGGGGUGCCCGCAGGCGGCCGCGCCCGGCGCCCCGAAGGUGUACCGAGACUGUAGGUGUGUCCUUCAGAAUUUUUCCUCUGGUUUUGGCCAUGCUACUGCAGGGAAAUGCGCCUCAACUUGUCAGAGCAAGCCCCUCCUUCUGGUUCUCAUAUUCGUUGUAAUUACCUUUACAUUCCUCAGCAGCAUCCCCGCGCUCACGGCUACGCUACGGUGCGUCUGUGACCAGCAGAGGUCCUUCGCGCUGGGAAUCCAGUGGAUCGUGGUUAGGACGCUAGGGGGCAUCCCCGGGCCCAUCGCCUUCGGCUGGCUGAUCGACAAGGCGUGCCUGCUGUGGCAGGACCAGUGUGGCCAGCAGGGCUCCUGCCUCCUGUACCAGAAUGUGGCCAUGAGCCGCUACAUGCUCAUCGCCGGGCUGGGGUACAAGGUACUGGGUUUCCUCUUCUUUGCCACUGCGUACUUCCUGUACAAGUCCCUGUCGGGGUCUCCGCACGGCCUGGAGGCUUCCCUGCCCAGCCAGUCCUCGGCCUCCGACAACCCCACGGACUUCCAGAGCGCCCACUCAGACCUCCAGCUCCAGAGCCACGUCUGA